UCCAAAACAAAGACGAAUCGAGACCCCCGCCCUGCCUCCCAGAAGAGAGGGAAGGGGCACGUCACGGAGAGGAACCUAGGCAGGUUCGGGAUGGGCUCUGUCAGUCUCCGAGGGCCCAAGUCACCCCCGAGGCCUAAAGGUCGCAGACACUUUGAAAAAAGUCACCCUGGGUUGUGUUCCAGGCAGGGGGUAAGGGACGAGACAAAAUGUUUCUCAUUUGCCAAGCUGUCCAUUUCUUCGCGUCGCUUCUCCUCCUCCCCUCACCUGUUGUUACUGGCCAAGUUGAAAUUCCAGGUUAGAUUAAUUCAACUCCACCCAUCUGAUCUGCGUGCCAGGCUAGUGCCCACAGCUGCUUUCCACCUACCCGGGUUGCUGUGGAGAAAGCUUGGCAGCUGCGGGUGGGUGGGUGUGAACCCGGCUGCAACACCUAUUUCCUACCAUCGCCUUCGCAAGUACCCAAAAGCUUCUGACCAGGGAAGAGUAGAAUGUACAAUAUGCAGAAGCUGUGGACUUGGGGCACACGGACAACAAAAACAGGUAACUGGUUUAGGUAACCUGAGGGAAUGCUGGUGUGUGUUGUCUGCCGGGAAAGAAUUCGGGGAUGCCUGCGGCCAACCGUGGAGAGGAGCAGAGGCAGCCUGGCUGCCCAGUUUACCAGCUCUGAAGGGCCAGGACCACACUGUUCUUUCUCCGUUGUCACCUCUGAUGACCUGGCACCCGAUCAGCAUAUGCUGGAGAAAGGAGAGACAGAUCAAUAGUGCCAACCAAUGACAUAUCCCAGAAACACUAACGGCGCAUAGACUUCCAAGUUUCUUCUCCAACUAGUGUCCAAACUGCCCAAAUCCUUCAGGGGUGCCUCAAAUGGGAUCCAAGAUGCUCAGUUCUGUGCCUUGGGCUUUCCAGGCUUCUGGACUGUGGCUUUGUUCCCACCAUGCUCAGGCCAGAUGAGCAGCUGAGGAAAGCCAUGAGUUCUGCUCCUGGAUAGCAGCCGUCGGAGCUGCAGCAGCCCUGUCUCUGGGAACAUUGAGAAGCUAUGCUCCAGUUCACCCUAACGUACUUCAUCAGAAACACUUCCGGUCUGGCCCAGCAAUCUUUUAACAAACACUUUCACUUGUCAGUUUCUUUUAAAAUAUGUAUUCACUUAUUAUGUGUUUUUCUAUGUGGGCACACACAUGCCGUAAGUGUACGUGUGGAGGUCAGAGGACAACUUUGUGAGAGUCCAUUCUCUGCUUCUACCUUGUGAGUUCUGAGCAUUGAACUCAGGACAUCAGGCUUAAUGGCUUGCUGUCGGCAAGUCUCGGGAAGCUCUGGGUUUGAGCAAGCAGCUAGGAAGAAAGUUUAGCAGAGGGCGGGCCUGGCCCUGAGGCACUUAGAGAGUGUCAGGCCCGCCCUUUGUGAGCUGGCCGGGCUGGCCCCUCGAGCGAGAACGGAGUCCUGUUGGCAAGUGUGCUCCAGAGGAGGGUCAGACCUGCUGCAGCUGCCAUGCAGGCUGGACCAGGACAGGAAUGCCACUUGCCAAGCGAAAGCGCUGUAAGGCCCUGGAGGGUGACAGGGUGACUUCUGGGUGUGGGCCGAAGCUCCGCUGGUGAAGUGAAGCCGACAGGACCAAGCGGAAGAGACAAGCAGCAUCACCGGAUGACGGUGAGUCCCCAACUUCCACAUGUGCGCCCUGGCGUGGGUGCCCCAAUAAAAUAAGACCGUAAAGACUGAAAAGAAACGACAGGGAACUGCCCAGCCUGCAAGCGCUUAAUGUGAUCAGCCUCGGAAGAGGCCCUCCUUAUGUGGCGAGUCUGGCUGAUUUGGUGAAUGCGGUUUUUAGUGCAGGCCCUGGGCUUGCUUGGGUUUCUCCUACUUUCUUAAAUGUUGAUUCUGAGACUUGAACUGAGAUCCCCAGGCUUGCAUGUCAAGCGCCUGGUUGGGGGGGCUGUGUUUGGUCACGUAUUUGGUUUUGGGGGUGUGUUUUUUGUUUUUGUUUUCUUCUGAAAGAUUUGGUUUUAUGAGUAUUUUUUCUACAUAUACGUAUGUGCACUGUGUGUGUGCCUGCUGUCCAAGGUGACCCCCGGAGCUGGCGUUACAGAACACUGGGAGUCACCACGUGCUGCUGGGAAUCCAACCUGGUCCUCUACAAGAGCAGCAUGUGUCCUAGCUACUGAGCCAUCUUCCCAGUCCUUGGUCAUGUAUUUGUUAAAACAACAAAACUAUAAUCAGCUGGCAUCUGCAUGGAGUUUCCCCACUUGGAGCACCUCCACACACAUUGUUCUGUGUGUAGAGUGGGUCAGACAGAAAUGUUACUUUCCUUUUUGAAUGGCAUGGUACUUUUUAUUGUUUUAAAGAUAAAGUUUCUGGGGCUUGAA